UUUAAGAAUGAGGUUAGAGUUGCUGUUCACAGUUCUUGUUCUGAUGUCACGUAUCCUGUGUGACGACCAACUCACUGGACAGUGUAGCAGUGACACAUGUGACAUGGCGUUCCGAGUGAUACUAGCUGGAGCUACAGGUGAAACUGGUAGAUUAGUGCUAGAUAACCUUCUUAAAGAUGACAGGAUCAGCAAGGUAACCACUCUAGGCAGAAGAGAGUCCAAAAUACAGAACGAUAAGCUAGAUCACAAGAUAGUUGACUUUGAUAAUCUUCCGGAGGAGGCGUUCAAUGACCACGACGUUGCUAUCUGUACUCUAGGGACUACACGAGCUAAAUCAGGGAAGGAUGGGUUUAUAAAAGUAGAUAAGACCUACGUGAUGAGUUUUGCAGAGAAGAGCAAGGCAGCAGGAGUAAAACAGUUUCACAUGAUGUCGAGUCAGGGCGCUAAUGCUAACAGUUACUUUCUCUACACGCAAGUCAAGGGGGAGGUGGACGAUAAGAUCCUAGGAAUGGGGUUUGAGAGGUCAGUAGUGUACAGACCGGCAGUGUUGCUAGUAAAGAGGCAGGAAGGUAGGAUGGCAGAGAAAGCUGCUCAGUGGGUGUUAGGGUGGGCUGAUUAUAGCAGAGGUAUGAGUAUACCAAUCAAAGAUGUGGCUGAUUCAAUAGUUGGUUCUAUAUUUGAUGACGCUGCUGGUAUCAUAGAUAACCGCAGUAUUAUUGCGAAAGCAGCAGCUCUGAAAGUUCCAGUGGAGGAGGAAGCAGCAGCAGAAGAGGUUCCAGCUGAGAAAGCAGAUGCCUCCUAAACAGUACAGUUUGAUUUGCAACAGAGAGUGUGUGUUUAAACGUUAAAAGUUUAUAAACUUUUAAAUAUAUAGUACAAAAACAUAAAAUCAAGUUAAACAGAUGAUGCCUUUUCUGAGUUUUGAACCUUGAUGUUUUUUUUCUAUUCCGUUUAGUUCAAAUAAUAAAUAUUUAUUGUCAGAUUCAUUUUUUUUUCAGUUACAGCUUUAAAGUAUAUAAGUAAGUUUGAUAUUCUUGCUGAGUAGAGUUAUUGGUUUAAUUUAAUUAGUAGUCGAUUACUAUCGAAAUUAUUCCUAAUGAAUACUUAUAAAAUGGAUAGUUCUGAUUUCCUUUCAUCCUAGAAUCCCGAUCCGUUGCAAAAUCAAUAAAGUUUUCUCCCCCUCGCCCUCCCCCGCUUUAGGAAAUGUAGAUUUCGUAUCCUGUGAAGUUAUAAAGUUGUGCCGCUUGCAGGGUCUGUGUGCUUUCGAGUUUUAUGGUUAAUUUAGCUUAUGUUUGAUCGUGUGAAGAUUUAUGCCUUCGAAUUAUGGAACUUUUUAUCCUGUGUUUUGAUAAUGUUAUUAUAAUACAAUGAUUAGAAUUCAUCUUUGAUUUUUCUAAAACUGAACAGGUUAUCAUUUGAUAUUUUAAUUCAUAUUAGCAUAGAAUCCAUGAUUGAUACUUAGAAAUUGUCAUGUCACAUGUCACCUGCCCCUAACAUGUAACGACGUAUUCUAACAAUAUAUCUCUAACACUAAACCCUUCUUU